GCAUAUCAGCUUCUCGUAGCUUCCUACAAACCGGAUACCAGCGAUACUGGAGCCAUUCAAACUCUCAAGUUGAGCUUAGGGUUAACCAGCGACAAUAGCUCGAAUACCCUUAAAAUCGUCCACGAAAAUCAUGAUUGUGGUAGCCAACCUACUUGGCUCGACAUAUCUCUCGGUAACAACCUGGUCGCCUGCUUGGAUGAAGCUGCCUCUUCAUUACAUGAUGGCCUGAUCAUAUUUAAAAUCAAGCUUGAUGGUAGUCUUGAAAAGGUCUCUAGUACUAGUGUAUUUGGUGGACCCGUGUCUAUGAUUACCUACAACAAUAAGUCGGCUGUGGCACUGGCCCAUUACUCGCCACCAUCAAUUUCAACGUUUACAGUCAACCCCAACAAAUCAUACACACCCUUGCAGAACUUCACGUUCAGCCUGCCGCUGGAUCCAACUAUUGUCUCGUCAACAAAGUCCCUUAUCCAUCAAGCAGUGCUUGAUCCUACAGGACAAUAUGUAGUCUUUCCAGAUCUUGGUGCGGACCUGAUUCGUGUCUAUUGUAUCGAUCCCGGAAAUGGAAUGCUCACUGAACAUACACCACUCCAGUCAAAGCGCGGAUACGGCCCCAGACAUGCAACUUUUUGGUCUUCUGGCGAUGCGAGUAGCAUAUACAUGUUCGUAAUCCACGAGUUAAGUAACAAGAUACUUAGUUACGAAGUGGGCUACCCAGAAUUAGGUGGGCUUACAUUCUAUGAAACCGACGAAGUUAGCACAUAUGGGGAUCGCGAAGUUCCCAUCGGGUCGAAAGCCGCCGAGUUACUUCUCUCACCAGACAACAACUAUUUGGUCGUGUCUAAUCGAAACGGAUCUAUGUUUGAUGCUCCAAACCCAGAUCCAAACAACAGCACCACACUCCCGAGUGACUCACUUGCGACGUUCAGGUUAUCUGUAGCUGGAAAGUUAACCUUUGUCCAAUUAGCACCAACUGGUGGGAGCUUUCCUCGCCACUUUAGCAUGAAUAAUGACGGGUCAUUGAUUGCAGUCGCCAACCAGAAUACAUUUAACGUGAAUGUAUAUUCACGAAAUGUUGAAACAGGGAUAAUCGAUGAUUUGGUUGCUUCAUCAUCCAAUCUUGGGCCAGGCAGCUUA